UGCUCUCCCUUGAUUGGUCCGUUGGACUGCCGCGGUGGUGCGUCACUACCGGUGCUGUGUUUGUCGGUAACUGGUCCCGCACGCGUUUUGUUAAAUAUAAGGAAGGUGACUUUUUACUUUGCGACUUUAUCGGCCUGAUCGGAGUUUUUAAUGGCCAAGAGGCGCGCUGAAGAAGCCGUGCUGCUCGGCUCUCCCACUAAAAGAAGGCCCUUCCCUCCGCUCUGCUGUGUUGACAUGCCGCUGGAGAGCGUGGCUCCUGCCGGGGGCGUAAGCCCCCCGUCUCUGCUCACUUUGUUGGGGAGUCGCUGCAGGAAAAGGCCUCAUUAUUUCGACAACGAAGAAGCAAACCUUUGUCCACUGAUUUCACUCUCCGGCUCUGGAAAGCACGCAAAGUAUGCUUUGAAGGAGCAGUCUUCUGGAAGUUUCCAGGACCAGCGCAUGUCCUGCGCACUUUCCAGAAAGAAGCGACCCCGAGUGAACAGCGUCGGUUCCGACACGGUUACACCUACAGAUAAAGAUAAAACGGCAGAGGACUCGUCUGAUGAAGACGGCACAUAUAACUCCUUCCAGUACUGGAGGGUCCCCUUACCUGAACUGGACCUUUCGCUGCUGGAAGACGCGAGUGACCGUCGGCAAACAAAAGACAAGGCUAAAAACAAUGAUGCAACCUCAGACGCGAUGGAGUCCUGAGGACAGUGAACACUUUGGGUGUUUUAUCACCUGAGCAAAGCAUAAUGUCGUUACACAUAGACAUGUCAGAACACAUUGUGUACACACGUGUAGUGGGCGGAGUCUCUUGCGUGAUGCAGGAUCUCGGUGAUGCUUUGUGAAGCGAGUCUCGGCCACCCUUAGGCUUUUAGGUUCAACAGGUUUGUAAAAGCUGUGUGAGACUGUUUAUUUUCUGCAUCAGGUCCAGUGAAAACGAAAGUUUAGGUGUCAAAUAAGACCUGCCCAACCAAUCGGUGCACGUUUUAAUGGAACUUUCUUGAGUAGGUUUGGUUUGAUCGGGGAUCGGUCCGUUAGAAUUAAGAAGUUACUAUUGGUCCAUAUGGGGAUAUAAACCACAGAGUUAACGAAAAUAAGGUCAAAUCAGUUUUGUAUGUCAGAUUUGAACAAUUUAUUAUGAAGAAAAUGAAAUUAUGCAUGUAAACAAACUGGUUUAAGUACAUAAAAAGUGAUCGUAGGUUGGGAUUGGGCAUGGUUAGUGAAUGGGCUCAAGGUAUAUUGAAAUUUUAAGACGUUAUGUCGAAAUAGCUUACGUUUUUGUGCCGAACUAACUGUCAGCAUACAUCAUAGCAGAGUAAGGCUUCAUUGCCCCUCCCCAGCCCGUUGCUGCGCACUAACCACCAGACGGCUGAAACAAAGCCACUGCCUACUAGAAAAAGGGGGUUUGGAAAUAUUUUCUAAAACAGAAAAGCAAGGCCAAGACAUGGUUUUGGAAACCCGAGGAGCCACGCCCAAUCACUUGAUCAGGAAUUUCCGUUUCAGACCUCCAGUGUAGUUAAGUUACAUUCUUUACAUUUGAGUUUUAGACGCACAGAAACAACUGAAGGCUGCAGCGCAAGACCAAUUGCUUAUCCAUUGCUACUGGUUUAUCAGUUUGUGUUGUAAAUAAAAACCAUUUUCAGAA